AUGUGCAGCGUGUCGGUGCCGCGCGGCCCGGCCGCCGCCGCCGCUAAGCCUUGCUGUCUCUGCUGGUGCUGUUGCUGCUCCUGCUCCUGGUUGGCGGCGCGCGGGCCCGACGGCGGCCCCGGCAGGAAGCCGCGCGACCCCGGCACUUCGCCCUCCGAGCCGUUGCUCGACGGAGACGCGCCGCCCACGCUUGACGAGAUCCGCGGCUGGGGCGAGUCGUUCGAGCGGUUGAUGCGCAGCGCCGCCGGCCGCAAGGUGUUCCGCGACUUUCUCCGCGGCGAGUACUCCGAGGAGAACAUCAUGUUCUGGCUGGCUUGCGAGGAGCUCAAGCGCGAGACGGACCCCGACGCCGUGGAGGAGAAGGCGCGCUUCAUCUACGAGGACUACAUCUCGAUCCUGUCGCCCAAGGAGGUGUCGCUGGACUCGCGCGUGCGAGAGACGGUCAACCGCAACAUGGUGGAGCCGACGCCGCACACCUUCGACGAGGCGCAGCUGCAGAUCUACACGCUCAUGCACCGCGACUCCUACCCGCGCUUCGUCAACUCGCCGCUCUACAAGGCGCUGGCCCGGUUGCCCGCCGUGAACUCUGAGUGA